AUGGAAGUUUACACCACUGUGUUAAAUUACCCAUUUUUAAAAAUCGUUGCCUUACCCCUGUGGAUCCUACUAGUGCUUCUACUCCUGCACUUAGAUCUGAGCCACUGGAAUGGACUAAUGGGAUCUAUUUCCCAUCCCGGAUUGGGUGAAAACGGAACAGGCUCCUACUUAAGUGUGCCAUCCUCAGAAAUCGUCGCUUAUACGCAGGGUUGGCAGCGUUAUGGAUACAAUGCUUGGCUAGCAGAGAGAAUUUCACUUUUUCGAUCAUUGCCAGACUUAAGAGAUCCCCGAUGUGAAAAGUUCAAAUACUAUGAUGAUCCUGAUGUAAUGAAACCAGCCAGCAUUGUUUUAAUAUUUCGAAAUGAACAACUUAUGGUUUUACUAAGGACAUUACACAGUUUGGUGGUCAGGACUCCAAGUCAUCUCUAUGUGGAACUCAUUCUAGUGAACGACCACAGUGACAUGGACUUUUGGAAGGAAAAACUAUCUGUUUUCUUGUUUGAAACCUAUGUCCUCAGGUAUAUACAUUCAAAGGCAAGAAUAAUACACCUUAACAAAAAAGUGGGCUUAAUCAAAGCUCGCAAUUUUGCUGCCAAUUUAGCCAAAGGAGAAAACCUCGUUUUCGUAGAUGCACAAGUUGAGUUCACCGAAGGCUGGUUGGUCCCAUUACUGGAGACAAUUUCGGAGCAAAGUCUUACUCUGGCCACACCCAUUUUGGAUAAACUUGAUGAACAGAAUUUGGCUUACCAUCGAUCUGAAGAGAGACUUGGAAUUUAUGAUUGGAGUUUGAGGCGAAGGGAAGUUCCUCUAACAAAAGAUGGAAGAUAUCAGCUACCAAGACCUUAUGGAGUGGCUGCUGUAAGGACUUCUGUGUUUGCCAUUCGAACACUUUGGUUUCAGGACCUUUCCAAUUUCGAUACAGAACUCCAGGGUUUUGGUGGUGCGGAACUAGAACUCAGCUUUAAAGUCUGGCGAAGUGGUGGACGUAUAGUUCAAGUUCCCUGCUCCAGAGUUGGCCACCUGCAGCCCACGGAUCAGGACUACUUAAGGCGAUAUGGUGACCUCUAUAAAAUAAGCAAAAAAGUAACAAAGAACCUCAAACGCAUUGUGGAACUUUGGAUAGACGAUCCUAUUUUAAAAUCGACUAUAUAUCGAUACCAGCCCCAUCUUAUAAAUAUUUCAGUGGGCGAUCUGCGUGAAUCUCGAAAGUUAUACCAACAAUACGACUGCCAAUCCUUCAAGUCGUUUAUAAAUGAUGUUAUGCCGGAACUCUGGCUGAUGAAACCUUUAAAUCGAACGGAUUUUGCGAUGGGAAAUGUAAGACCUCUGGAGCAUCCCCAAAUUUGUCUUACAGUUAGUGCAGAAAGUAAGUUUGUCGUUUUGGAACCCUGUAAGGCAAACAAUACUCUUCAAAACUGGACACUAAGCUACCUUAAUGAUCUGCGAGUGGUUGGAAAUAUUUGUGCUGAAGUGCAAUCCAAUCUGCAGUUGGGUUACAACUUUUGCCAUAAUCUUGGAGGAAGACAGAGUUUACACUUUGAUGAAGUUACCAAUCAGCUGGUAAGCAACACCAAGUGUCUCGAAUUCGGAAGUAAAGUGAAUAUUUUUAUGGGUUUUUGCAAUGCAAAGAACAAAAAACAAAAAUGGAUUUUGGAUAAUAUUAAUCUCAGUGUUAUGCAAAACGGAACGUAA